AUGAAGAAGAAAGACUCCAUUCAUGCAACCACCAAGAAACAAAUCAAGCUAGGGAGUAGUAGCUCCAAUGCAAGAGCAGCAAUACCAACUCACCACAUUCCAUUGAUGCAAUCAAGAACAUGUGGAGAGUCCAAAGAAGGAGAAGAUGAUUGGGCACUUGUAAGCUUUGUUGGAGAACAAAUCCAAGACCCAAGAAAGUACAAGAAGGCAAUGGAGAAGGAAGCUAGGCUUGAGCAAGCUCUUCAAGAUAGAGUGCAGCGAGUACUCAACUACAAGGAGUUCCUCUCCACAGUAGCUCUUGCCUUUCCCAACAACAAUGGAGACCAACCAGCUGGUGAUGGACUCCUACUCUUCAAGAUAGGCGAUGCCAAUGGGCGCAUCUCCAUCUCAGCUCUAUGCCAACUCUUUGGACUUCCCAAUGAGACAGCACAUGACUUCAAGGAGAACUCAAAAGGAAACAAGCUGCCUUUGCUGAUUGGACACACUUUGCCAAUGAACCAUUCUUGCCUUCAAGAUCAAAGGUGUCUAGAAUCACUCAUCCAGCCAUUCGCUAUGUGCACCGCCUCAUCUCCACCACUUUCAAUGCAAACAAGAAGCCAACAAGGUCACAACUGA